UGCAGUUCUUGUUUUCCCUUGCCGAGCCGCGUCGUACCAUGAAACUCGGACUGAUGGUCAGUGCCACGCUGUGUCGCUUCUCUACUGCUGUUUUGCCUCACUCCUUCAGGUCACUUUUAUUCAGGCUCCCAGUGUGUCCACCGUCAAGGAAACUUUUGGCCACCAGCACCAUGCCAGCACCUCAGGGAAUUAAUGGAGUGUUUGACUUCAGAAAGAUAACCCCUGAAGACAUAGAGAAGCAAACAGAUGCUCUCAUUGCAAAGCAGCGCUCAGCCUAUAACAGUGUAGGAUCUCUAUCCCUGACUCAAGUUACCUAUGAGAAUGUGAUCAAGCAACUUGCAGACUUGAUGACGGAGCGAUCCACUCAAGGGUCGCCAGUGGACUUUCCUCAGCAUGCUGCAGUGGACAAGGCAGUACGAGAAGCUUCCAGCAAGGCGGAACAGAAGCUGGAGGAAUUUGAUGUGGAAAUGAGCAUGAGGAAGGACAUCUUUGACCGAGUUGUGGAAUUCAAGGAGAGUGUCAGCACAGAUGGUCUCACUGCAGAGCAGAAGAGGCUGGUGGAGAAACUCAUUCUUCAUGGCAAACGUAAUGGCUUGCAUUUGUCUGAGGAAAUCCAGCAGGAAGUGAAGAAGAUAAAGAAACGUAUGUCUGAGUUGAGCAUAAAGUUCCAAAGAAAUCUAAACGAAGACAACACAAAAUUGUUUUUCACUCGUGAAGAAUUAGCUGGCAUGCCGGAGGACUUCAUUGAUGAACUCACUCAGGGAGACGAAAACAAGCUUGAAGUGACCAUGAAGUAUCCUCAUUUGUUCCCCAUAACGAAGAAGUGCCACGUUCCAAACACCCGUCGUCUCAUGGUCACCGCCAGUCAGUCCAAAUGUAUGGAAGAAAACACACCCAUCUUGGAGGAACUGAUAAGUUUACGGCAGAAGCAAGCUGAGUUGUUGGGCUACAAGAAUCACGCUCAUUAUGUCCUGGAGGAGCGUAUGGCCAAAAACCCUGAAAAUGUUGCACACUUUCUCGCCAACCUCUCUGAGAAGCUCCAGCCUUUGUGGGAAGAGGAGAAAGUUCUUAUGCUGAAAUUCAAGAAGGAAGAGUGUGAAAAGUACAAUUAUGAGUUCAAUGGGCAGCUGGACUUCUGGGACUUGCGUUACUACAUGAACCAAGUGGAGGAGAAGAUGUAUGCUGUGGAUCAAAAUGAGGUGAGGCAGUAUUUUCCUCUGGAGAAGGUGACUUCAGGACUCUUUAACAUCUACCAGACCUUGUUGGGAUUGCAGUUCACCCACGUAACUGAUGCUGACACUUGGCAUGAUGAUGUGAAACUGUAUCGGGUGACUGAUCGUCAAAGUGGAGAGAAUUUAGGCUACUUCUUCCUGGAUCUCUACCCCCGUGAUGGCAAAUUUGGACAUGCUGCCAUUUUCCCUCUGCAGCCCUCGUGUGUUAAUGCAGAUGGGAGUCGACAGGUUGCUGUGUGUGCAAUGAUGUGUAACUUCACCAAGCCCACUAAAGACAAGCCAGCAUUGUUGGAUCAUUCAGAGGUAGAAUCCUAUUUUCAUGAGUUUGGUCAUGUGAUGCAUCACAUAUGUUCUCGUGCUACCUUCGCCAUGUUUGCCGGAACUCAUGUCGAGAGAGACUUCCUGGAGGCCCCAUCACAGAUGUUGGAAAACUGGGUGUGGGAGAAGGAGCCUCUCACCCUCAUGUCUGGACACUAUGAGACAAGUAAAACACUCCCUGAUGAGAUUGUUGACAAGCUGGCAAAGUCCCGAAAGGCCAAUGCUGGUGGAUUCAACUUAAGGCAGAUUAUCCUUGGGACCUUUGACCAGACCAUUCACACAAGAGGAGAUGCUGACACCAAGGCUCUCUUCACACAGACCUACAAAGAUAUCAUGGACAUUGAGCCCAUCCCCAACACUAAUAUGCCAGCCAACUUUGGACACUUAGCCGGGGGAUAUGAUGCUCAAUACUACGGCUAUCUGUGGAGUGAAGUGUUUUCCAUGGAUAUGUAUGACAGCUGUUUCAAGAAGCAGGGAAUCCUUAACCCUGACAUUGGUGCCAAGUACCGGCAGAGCAUCUUGCAGCCUGGAGGUUCAAAAGACGCCCAUGAUCUUCUGCGAGACUUCUUAGGUCGUGAUCCAACUCCUGAUGCUUUUCUGCGUAGCAAAGGUCUCCAGCCUUGAAUACUAGUCACUCUUAUGGGCCUCCCUCAUUGAAUACCAUUUUUUUCAUGCAAGUGCCCUUGUCUGAAAAAAUAGGAUUGUUUAUUGCUAAAAGAAUAACAACAGUCAAACGACUCAAAAUUAAGAGAGAUUUAUAAACUAGAGAGAAACUAU